GAUCUUUAUGAUCUGCAGUGCAGUUAUCCUGGAGGGCCAACAGAGAAGAUGGUACAAUGGCUUUUGGUUUUUAACACCAGAUGCUCCUAAAGAUCCGGAGAACCCCUCCCCGAGCAAAUCCUGCACCCAUUUGGAACUGGAUUGCGGAUUGUACAUCGUCAGGGGAAUACGCAAUUAUCUCCUAGUAGGACUUGCUCUGGACGUGUUUAGAUACUUGGUCAGUAGCUCUAAGCUGAACCAAUGGAACCUAAGUCAUCUUAACUUUCAAUCCACUGCUUGGUUGGGUUGUUACGUGGGGCUAUACAGGGCAGUUCACUGUUACCUUCGAAGAAUACCAAUUAUAGACGAGUCCUUGAAGCAUCCUUUAGCUGGUUUCCUUGGAGGCCUUAGCUAUUUGUUCUAUCCGAAGCUCACGAUUCUGAGCUAUGCCUUGCUGGAAGCAAUACGUUCUCUAUCCCCGAAAAAACACAAACCUCGAAAGUACUCAAAGAUUCGAUUUGGAUGGAGUGACGUCUUGUUUCCCCUAUCGCUGGCCUAUCUAAUCCACAACUAUGUGAUGGAGGGGCAAAGAGUAAGUGCACUGAGCGGAGUGAUUAUCGACAGCACCACGGCCAACUAUGCUCGGAACAUUGGCAAGCGAAUUGCCCGACUGCAGUGAAUCCAUUAAGGUGUUAUGCUUGCUUUUUUAAAUAUAUACUUAUCUAAUGUUUUGCACAUUAA